AUGAAUACCCGCCAGUCUAUCGACGAGUCCAUCGGACCAUACUCACUAUCAGUAACCUUUAAUCAUGACAACAGCUGCUUCUCGGUGGGGUUGGACACAGGCUUCUGUGUAUAUAACGCCAACCCGUGCGAACUAAAGGUUCUAAGAGAUUUCAAUGCCGGCAUUGGGGUCGCUGAAAUGCUGGGUCAGUCGAACUACUUAGCCAUUGUUGGCGGUGGUAAGAACCCUAAGUUCCCACAGAACAAGCUGGUUAUCUGGGACGAUGCCAAACAGAAGGCCGCUAUCACCCUUGAAUUCCGGACCUCGGUCUUGGGUGUCCGUCUCUCGAAAUCAAAGAUUGUUGCCGUGUUGUUGAAUAGUGUUCAUGUAUUUGCAUUUUCCAAUCCACCAAAGAAACUCUCAGUGUUCGAGACCUCAGACAAUCCGUUAGGAUUAGCCUGUCUGGAUCAGAAGGUUCUUGCCUUCCCCGGUCGAUCCCCCGGGCAGGUUCAGAUGAUAGAAUUGGAGACAGGCAACAUCAGCAUCAUUCCGGCACACAGCACCCCUCUCCGGGCGAUGGCACUCAGUCCUGACGGAAAGUUACUAGCAACAGCUAGUGAGUCGGGAACAUUGGUUCGGAUAUUUGCUACUGGCAACUGUACAAAGUUGGCAGAGUUGCGCCGUGGAGUUGACCAUGCGGUCAUAUUUUCUAUUGCAUUUUCCCCAUCCAAUACUAUGCUGGCAGUUACAUCUGACAAAUCAACUCUCCAUGUCUUUGAUCUUCCCCAGCAACCCAUCAGUCGCCGCAGCCAAUCACCAACGCCAACGUCAGAAGAAACGGCCCCUAGCCAGAAAUGGGGUAUCCUUGGCAAGAUUCCUUUACUUCCUCGAGUCUUCUCAGAUGUUUACUCCGUUGCGAGUGCACACUUUGAGAUUGGCGAAGGCGCAACGCCUGGCUCGGCGUAUGUGCCACCAAGUGGGUCAUCAUUUGGUCGGCCUCAAAAAGGACUCUUAGGGUGGUGCGAUGACAUGACUCUCCUUGUGUUAGGUUCCGGGAGAGAAGGACGCUGGGAGAAAUUUGCGCUUCGAGAAGGCGAGGAAGGCAGAAAACAUUGCAUUCGGGAUGGCUGGAAAAGAUAUCUCGGAUAG